UAAAUUUAAGUUGGAAGCAGACUGAAAUUUUUAAUUAACUCACUACAGACGUUUUACUUUUUGUACUUUACACAAGUAUUAAGGUUGUUCAGGAUAAAUAGAAUAAGGUCACGUGAAACUUGCAUUUCAUGACACUAUCCGUUAAACAGGUCAUUACCAUAUUUCCAAUAAAUUGAAAAUUUGAAAGUCGUAAAUAUUUUAGUGAAAUAAUAAAAUAAAAGGAUUUGUAGAUAAAAGUCGUACCUUUAAGUUUAUUUUGUAUGAAAACAAGUAACAUUUAAACCACUUAUACUUUUCGUCUUAAAUUUGCAAUGUAGCAUGGCUUGUAAAUUUAUUCAUUAGAAAAAGUCUGAUACUGAUAAAAUGACAAAAUUACCGAUGGAAUCACGCAAUUACAUACUUUUAUAUAUUUCAAUUAGAAAAUGUCGCGAAACACGUAUUGACGCAUUUUUCAUGUAAGUAACUCGCACACAUUUUAUGAAAAAAUGGAGUUAUGUUAAACAUUUGUUUUAAAGUGACAUGUGCGAUAAUCGUUCAGGCGUACGUGAAGUUUAUGACAUAGACAGAAGAAGAGAAAAACGGGAACUGGAAAAGGAUGACGAAGAGAGACCAGAAGAAAGAAACGCAACCGUUCAAUACUGACAAGGAACGCAGCAUUGAUACAGCAAGCGAGAACUUUAGUGACCUGGAUACAGGAUGGGCAUGGGUGGUUCUGUUUGCAAGCUUUGGGACGUUCUGUUUACUCGGUGGUAAAAUGUAUGCUGUUGGAAUAAUUCAUUCGGCUCUACUGGAAAGGUACAGCAAGAGUGUUUCUUUGACGUCAUGGGCCGGGGCAUUGCAUACGGCGCUGUUUUCUCUUGGCGGACCACUGUCGAGUGCAGUUAUAGACAGAUUUAGCUGUAGGACGGCGCUUAUGUUGUCAGGCGUAUUCUUUAUCGCCGGUUAUAUUGGAACAGCCUUUGCAGACACUAUAGAAAUGGCAAUUUUUACUUGUGGGAUUCUAGCCGGCACAGGAGGCGCUCUGGGGUAUACAACAGCAAUGGUAGUUGUAAGUUUCAACUUUAAAAGGAGAAGAAAUCUGGCUCUUGGUAUCGCGGUUUCCGGUGUUGGAGCAGGAGUGUUUAUAUUGUCGCCAUUAAUGCAACUGUCACGUGACUAUUACGGACCAGUAGGAUUCUUUAUAAUUCUUGCUGCAAUGGCGGCGAAUGUAAUAACAUUUGGUGCGAUGUGUUUUCCAAGUAAAUUAGAAAUGCAUACAAAGAGACAAAGACAAUUUAAGUCACUCAGAUCUCGCGGGAAACAAUCUUGUUGUACGAGUUUUAAGUUAUAUAUACAUAUUCUGUUUAACAAAGCUGUCUUUUGUUUAUGUGCGUGUAUGUUCUGCUACUGUUUAGGAACAAAUCUAAUGUAUCUUUAUCUUCCAUCAUUUAUUGUGUCAAAAGGAUUCACAGCUUUGGAGGCAUCAUUCCUUGUUUCGCUAUCUGGAAUACUAUCUGUGUUUGGAAGGCUUUUGACAGGUUUUGCUGCGAAUUUGAGCCGUAUAAAUGACAUUUACUUGUUCUCAGGAUCAAUGGGGAUAGUUACAAUAGCUUGUUUUAUUUAUCUGUUGAUUUCGGGACAUUUUGCUGGUCACGUGAUAUUCGUGUCACUUUUUGGUUUAUUCUUUGGCAGCUCGUACGUCAUUAUUACCAGUGUGACAUUGCCGUUUGUUGGAAUUAAUUAUAUCUCGGCCGCAAUCGGGCUGGAGUUUUUCUUUGGGGGAGUCGGAUCAAUCAUUGGACCAGUUUUUGCAGGCUUUCUGGUGGAUGUUAGUGGUACAUAUGACCAAUCAAUCAUCGUCGCAGCGUCUUGCAUUUUAUUUUCCACGAUAUCAAGCGCAGUCACAGCGUGUUUUAAUCAAAAGAGCGACGACUUUUUACAGAAGGAGGAGACAGUAGCCGUGGUGGAUAACCAAAUAAAGGAAAAACAGUCUAUGGAAUAAAUACAUAUACUGUAUACUACCUGAUGACAAUAUACAUAUUAAGUAUUAUUUUUAGCUCACCUGAGCAAUGCUCAGGUGAGUUUUUCUGAUCGCUCGAUGUCCGGCGUCCGUCGUCCGUCGUCUGUCGUCUGUCGUCCGUCAACAUUUAGCUUGUGUAUGCGAUAGAGGCUGUAUUUUUCAAUUAAUCUUCAUGAAUAUUGGUCAGAAUGAUAACCUUGAUGAAAUGUAGGCCGAGUUCGAAAAUGGGUCAUCUCGGGUCAAAAACUAGGUCACUAGGUCAAAUCAAAGAAAAACCUUGUGUAUGCGAUAGAGGCUGUAUUUUUCAUUUAAUCUUCAUGAAUAUUGGUCAGAAUGAUAACUUUGAUGAAAUCUAGGCCGAGUUCUAAAAUCGGCCAUCUCGGGUCAAAAACUAGGUCACUAGGUCAAAUCAAAGAAAAACCUUGUGUAUGCGAUAGAAGUGGUAUUUUUCAAUUAAUCUUCAUGAAUAUUGGUCAGAAUGAUAACCUUGAUGAAAUCUAGGCCUGGUUCGAAAAUGGGUCAUCUCGGGUCAAAAACUAGGUCACUAGGUCAAAUCAAAGAAAAACCUUGUGUAUGCGAUAGAGGCUGUAUUUUUCAAUUCUUCUUCAUGAAUAUUGGUCAGAAUGAUAACCUUGAUAAAAUCUAGGCCGAGUUCGAAAAUGUGUCAUCUGGGGUCAAAAACUAGGUCACUAGGUCAAAUCAAAGAAAAACCUUGUGUAUGCGAUAGAGGCUGUAUUUUUUAAUUGAUCUUCAUGAAUUUUAGUCAGAAUGAUUGCCUUGAUGAAAUCUAGGCCGAGUUCGAAAAUGGGUCAUCUCGGGUCAAAAACUAGGUCACUAGGUCAAAUCAAAGAAAAACCUUGUGUAUGCGAUAGAGGCGGUAUUUUUCAAUUGAUCUUCAUGAAUUUUGGUCAGAAUGAUAACCUUGAUGAAAUCUAGGCCGAGUUCGAAAAUGGGUCAUCUGGGGUCAAAAACUAGGUCACUAGAUCAUAUCACGUAAAAACCUUGUGAAUGCUAUAGAGGCUGUAUUUUUCAAUUGAUCUUCAUGAAUUUUGGUCAGAAUGAUUGCCUUGAUGAAAUUUAGACCAAGUUCGAAAAUGGGUCAUCUGGGGUCAAAACUAGGUCACUAGGUCAAAUCAAAGAAAAACAUUGUGUAUGCAAUAGAGGCUGUAUUUUUCAACUGAUCUUCAUGAAAUUUAGCCAGAAUGAUAACCUUGAUAAAAUCUAGGCUGAUUUCGAAAAUGGGUCAUCUGGGGUCAAAAACUAGGUCACUAGGUCAAAUCGAAGAAAAACAUUGUGUAUGCAAUAGAGGAUGUAUUUUUCAAUUGAUCUUCAUGAAAUUUGGUCAGAGUGAUUGCCUUGAUGAAAACUAGGUCGGUUUUGAAUAUGGGUUAUCUGAGGUCAAAAACUAGGUCACUAGGUCAAAUUAAAGAAAAAUCUUGUGUAUGCGAUAGAGACUGUUUUUUUUCAGUUGAUAUUUAUGAAAUUUGGUCAGGUUGAUUGCCUUAAUGAAAUCUAGGUCGAAUUUGAAUAUGGGUCAUCUGAGGUCAAAAACUAGGUCACUUGGUCAAAUCAAAGAAAAAACUUCUGUAUGUGAUAGAGGCUGUAUUUUUCAGUUGAUCUUCAUGAAUUUUGGUCAGAAUGAUUGCCUUGAUAAAAUCUAGGUUGAGUUUGAACAUGGGUCAUCUAGGGUCAAAAACUAGGUCAUUUCUAAGAAAAUGCUUGUUUUAUCGCAAGAGACCAAUUUUUUGGUCCAAUCUUAAUGAAAAUUGGUCAGAAUAUUUGUUUCCAUGAAAUCACUAGGUCAAACAUGUUUUACACUGUUAUGGAGUGUUUCUUAGGUGAGCGACCUAGGGCCAUCUUGGCCCUCUUGUAUAUAGAUGCACGUAUAAUUCUUAUGACAAUAUAUUUCAUUAAAUGGCGUGUUUACAAGA